AUGGAUUGGGAAGCACUUAAGCGAGUACCUCAAAUGGUCAAACGGAAAGUUAAACUUGGAACUAACACUUUUGAUGAGGAAUUUAAUUUAUAUUUUGAAGACUUGACAAGAUUAGAUAAGCGGUUAGAAGCGCUAAUGAAAUAUUGUAAAGUAUCAACUCAAGAAACCAAAACUGCUUUAAAGGGAUUGGAACUGAUAGGAUUGGCGUUUCGGGAUUUAUAUGAUCCUUUAAAUGGCUUACCGGUUGAAGUUAAGGAAAGAUUGAAGAAUAAUGUCCCCACAGAUCAACUAUUUGGGAGUGAUUCUAAUAGUAAGCGGAUUCAAUUUGAACGGGAAUAUUUGAACUGGGAAAAUUCAAAAUUAUUCAUUGACGGAGUUAAAGAUAUUGUGCCUGCUGUUGAAAUCGAACUUGAUCAAUUGGUGGAACUAAUGGUUAAAAAAACCCUUCAAUUACAAAAAAUCGUUAACAAUAUCAAAACUCGGUGUAAACUUAGAGAAGCUUCACUUUAUGAUUAUGAUAUUGUGUUCAAUGAAUAUGAAGACCUUGUGAUUCGACUGAAAACCGCGCCCUUAUCAGUUAAGGAUUCAAGUAAAAUGUUUCGAUUGGAAAGGAAAACUGAAGAAUUGAGACUUGUAUACCAAGAGCGAAACCACUCAUUGAAAUCAGAACUUCCUCAUUUUUUUAAAUUGGUUGAUAUGAUUUUUAAACCAUUACUUGAAAUCUUUUAUUAUGUGCAUUUGACAGUUACUUAUCAAAUUCAUAACAAUAUGAAUUCAUUGUCUGAUAUAUUUCAAAUCACCAUGGAUGAUUUGGAUUUUAAUCAGAUUAUCACAUGUUAUGAACGGGAUACUCAAACUGUUCAACAAUCGCUUAAUAAUCUUGGGAUUAUCAAUUUCACCGAAAAUUAUCUUGCAGAUUUGACUUCAAGUGUUCCUUCUUAUAAAGAAAUUCAACCACCUGAUAAUAAUAAUUAUUGUCAAGCAAUUUAUAAUUUCAACGGAGUGCUUGCAGGAGAUUUGAAGUUUAAAACGAAUGAUAUGAUAAAAAUAUUAAAUCAAAGUGGUUCAUGGUGGGAAGGAGAAUUAAAUGGUGAAAAGGGAUCAUUCCCUAGUAAUUAUGUCAAAUUAUUACCAACAAAAUCAUCAUAA